AUGGUGUUGGAUGAUAUGGCUAAGAAGAAGGAGAUGUCCGAGGCGUUCACCUAUCACUACGAAGUUAACGAAUCCGACCAGUUGGUUGCUUUGUUUUGGUGCGACGGUUUGAUGAAGAGGAAUUACCACAUGUUUGGUGAUAUUGUGUCCUUCGACUCCACGUACAACACAAACAUGUUGAAACUAACUAAUGUGCUUUUUACGUUACAGUACUGUAUGAUCUUCACACUUUUCACUGGAAAGGAUAAUCAUGGUAGUCCUGUAACAUUUGCGGCCGGGUUGGUGUGCAGCGAGAAAACAGGGGCAUUUGCUUGGUUGUUCAGACAUUUCGUAGAUUGUAUAGGUGUAGCACCCAGGAUGAUUGUGACCGAUCAAGAUUUGGGGAUGAGAUCAGCGAUUGAAGAGGUCCUAGUCGGCACACGUCACCGUUGGUGUAUGUGGCAUAUACUGCAUAAGGUGUCUGUUAAGGUACCAAACAGAUUGUUGCGGGACGACGAUUUCAAAAUGGAAUUCAACGCUUGUGUGUGGUCAGACCUUGUAGAGCCGGACGAAUUCGAGGAGGAGUGGAAUAGAUUGGUCGAACAUCAUCAGCUAGAGGACAUCGUCUGGUUCAACACAUUGUAUGCGUAUAGGAAAUACUCGAUACCGGCGUACUUCAUGGAUUUUCCUAUGGGAUCGAUGAUUAGGACUACGUCCAUAUCUGAAUCAGAGAACAAUUUCUACAAAUAUUUUCUGAAGCCCCGAGCUAACAUAGCUGAAUUCUACUUGAAUUUCAACCACGCCAUAGAAUUCCAGCGGAACAGUAGAACAACGUUGGACUAUCACGAUGCCACUGCCAUACCCAUACUAGCAACUACUCUGCCGUUCGAGAAACAUGCUUCAACGUUGUAUACCGACAGUAUGUUCAAGAAAAUACAAGAAGAAAUUGUGGAGGAUAAUGACAGAUGUCGUGUGCUGGGUUUUAUGUCCGGAGAAACGGUUGACACAUACAAGCUUGGGGAUAGCAAGCGCAAUGCAUAUGUUGUCCGUCAUGACAAGACUGAUGAUACUUACUCGUGCGAAUGCAAACUAUUUGGUCGGCAUGGUUAUUUGUGCAGCCAUAUAUUUUUCUUGUUUCGGAACAAUGAGGUGAAAAAAUCCCGGAUAAAUACUGUGAAAGCCGAUGGAUGA